CGCAAAAGCUUCUUUGUGUCAGUGAACUCAAGGAGAGCAUCAUUCUGAUCAUAGACGUGACUGUGUCGUCUAAUGUCUGUGCUGAGCUGCAGGUCCGAGUCGAAACGAGUCACAGCUCGUCACAAACCUUCCUGUCCAAACCCCACAGGCACUUGGCACUACAAAGCUGCCGUAUCUCGUGGAGACACUAUUCCUUGGGUGGCAGUGAUUGAAUGAAAACCUCCCAGUGGCAGUGGCAUCGUACAGCUACUUCAACUUCAACUACUAGAACGCUGUAGCGUUGCGCUUACACGCUAGCCAAGCAAUCAUUAAAUAUUUUGGAAUCUUUGGACUACAGUAUUGUAGGACUUGCUUGCAGUCAUGGCUGAUGCCAGUACCAAGGUCGGUGGAGAUAUUCCGGAUUCUAUGCGAUCAAUUGUAUGUCAUGGUCCAGGAGACUACAGGAUGGAAACACUGCCUGUACCGAAGGACCUUGCACCGGGGGAAAUACUCGUCAAGGUGCUGGCGGCAGGCAUAUGUGCCGGCGAUGCCAAGUGUUACGCCGGUGCCCCGCUUUUCUGGGGUGAUGAAUCACGCAAAGCUUACUGCCAGCCACCCAUCACGCCCGGCCAUGAGUUUGUUGGUGAAGUGGUCGCCUUUGGAGAAGGUGCUGCAGAGAAGUAUGGCCUGGCACUCGGCGAUCACUGCAUCUCCGAGCAGAUAGUGCCAUGCUGGGAUUGUCGCUACUGCAAGCGUGGCUCUUUUCACAUGUGCCAACCGCAUGAUAUCUACGGAUUUCAUCAGAAGACCCCCGGUGCAAUGGCUGAGUAUAUGAAGUUCCCUACUGGAGCAAUUAACUUCAAGGUGCCCAAGACUAUACCGGCCUGGAAGGCGGCGUUUAUUGAGCCGCUUGCAUGCUCCAUACAUGGCGUGGAGAGGGGCGAUAUCCAGUUCGAUCAUGUGGUGGUUGUGUCAGGAUGUGGCCCACUCGGCCUUGGUAUGGUGGCAGCUGCUCGACAGAAGAACCCGGCAAAGCUGAUUGCUCUCGACAUGUUUGAUUGGAAGCUGGACAUUGCCAAAAAGUGCGGUGCUGAUCUGACGUUCAAUCCUGGGAAGUGCAACGCUGUAGAAGAGGUUCAGAAGCUCACGGAUGGUUAUGGCUGCGACGUGUAUAUUGAAGUCAGCGGAAAUCCGGCGUCCGUCAAACAAGGACUUCUAAUGAUCUCUAAGCUGGGGACCUUUGUCGAGUUCAGCGUCUUUGGUCGAGAGACAACAGUUGACUGGACCAUCAUAGGUGACACAAAAGAGUUGAACAUACGUGGCGGACACUGCGGACCCAAUUGCUACCCGAAAGCAAUUAACAUGAUUGCCAAGGACCAGCUCCCAAUGGAGGACAUCAUCACACAUCAGUUCCCAUUGGAAGAUGUUGUCAAAGGCAUUGACCUGGUCAACAAGGGAACGGAGUCGAUCAAGGUGGUUCUCUUGCCAUGAUGUAUAGCGGGUGGUUUACCGACCAUUCACCGAAUGACAAUUCACCGAAAGACACUUCACCUAAAGACACUUCACCGAAAGACAAAUCAUCGAAUGGACAAUCCACCGACUGGACAAUUCACCGAAAGACACUUCACAGAAAGACAUUUCACCGAAUGGCUAUAUCACCGACAAGACAGCUCACCGAAAUUCUACUGUGUGUAAUGACUGGUUCGUAGUCAGGCUAACUUCACCGGCGCUGAGUUUCACAGGGCUGAAAUGCUGGCACUGACGUACUGCCACUACUGGCGCUGGUUGCAUGUUAUGUGGCAAAUGUAGUACAUGUACAGUCAGUCGUCGCAUAACCACUGAGUGCAUGUGUCGGGUUUGCGUGCAAAAAUUACUACAUUUCCACGGUUAAGUUGUGACCAAAAUGACCAAACUGGCAAGCACAAAAAUUACAAAGAUGGAAGAAUAGCUCUGAAAAGCAGCGAGGUUUUACUGAAUCAAUCCCCUAUUCCAAUCAUCACCACUGGUAAGAGUAAAACACUGUGUUAGCUGGUUGAAACAUCAACAGUAAGGGUUCAUUUUAGUACGUUUUGGGUGAAAAAUAUGAGACAAUCAAAACCGUCACGAAUGAUUAGCUAGAUCCAUCGCUUUUUGGUAUAAUCGUUUCAACCCUAGUAAACAUUACACAAACGUGUAAACAUUACAUGGUCAAUGAAAUCCGAUAAAAGCUCCGUGGUAGCGGGGUCUGACUGUAUCUCAACCAGCCUUCUAUUGUCAAAAAUUCAAAAUUCUUCAACGUUGUGGAGUGAUUACAACAUUUUCGCUGCUUGUCUAUUGUUCUUCAUUGAUCUGCUCACCUCUGUAGACAAAUGGAGACCUCCUCAAUAGGCUUAGUGGCCUCUGGGGAAUCCUUGAAAUAUAUUUAAAAAUCCAAAAUUCUCUCCGUCCUUCUUUGUUUCUUCUUUCUUUCGGUGAAAUGUCUGUUCGGCGAAUUGGCCGCUCGGUGAA